GCCCAACUCCUCGCUUCGAUUGGAAUCCGCCCCCACCCAAACCCCCUCCCAAACCCUAACCCUACGACCUCCCCCUCCUCCUCCUCCGCCGCCACCGCCGCCGCCACCGCGCCAGCGCAGGCUUUGCCUCCGGUCGCCUAUUCGGAUCGAAGCGAUGUCGUCGGACGAUGAGGUCAGGGAGGAGAAGGAGCUCGACCUCUCCUCCUCCGACGUCGUCACCAAGUACAAGGAUGCCGCCGAUAUCAUUAACAAUGCUCUUAAGUUGGUAGUGUCUUUGUGCAAGCCAAAAGCCAAGAUUGUUGACAUUUGUGAAAGGGGUGAUUCUUACAUAAGAGAGCAAACUGGCAAUAUCUACAAGAAUGUGAAGAGGAAGAUUGAAAGGGGCAUUGCUUUUCCGACAUGCUUAUCUGUGAACAACACAGUCUGCCAUUUCUCUCCACUAGCCACUGAUGAGGCUGUCCUGGAGGAAAAUGAUAUGGUCAAAAUAGAUAUGGGAUGCCAUAUUGAUGGUUUUAUCGCCGUGGUGGGUCAUACACAUGUUAUCCAUGAUGGGCCAGUCACUGGGAGAGCAGCAGAUGUUCUUGCUGCUGCCAACACAGCUGCAGAAGUUGCUCUGAGGCUUGUUAGACCUGGGAAGAAGAACAAGGAUGUCACGGAAGCAAUCCAGAAAGUGGCUGCUGCUUAUGACUGCAAAAUUGUGGAAGGAGUUCUCAGCCAUCAGCUGAAACAGUUUGUCAUUGAUGGUAACAAAGUUGUACUUAGUGUCUCAAAUGCUGAUACGAAGGUGGAUGAUGCUGAAUUUGAGGAAAAUGAAGUGUAUGCAAUUGAUAUUGUCACCAGCACUGGAGAAGGAAAGCCCAAGUUAUUGGAUGAGAAGCAGACAACAAUCUACAAAAGAGCUGUAGACAAGAAUUAUCACUUGAAGAUGAAAGCAUCUAGGUUCAUUUUCAGUGAGAUAAGCCAAAAGUUUCCAAUCAUGCCCUUCACUGCUAGGGCAUUGGAAGAGAAGCGUGCUCGCUUAGGCUUGGUGGAAUGCAUGAAUCACGAAUUAUUGCAGCCAUACCCUGUACUUCACGAGAAGCCAGGCGACCUUGUUGCGCACAUUAAAUUUACUGUGCUUCUGCUGCCAUCUGGAUCACAGAGGGUAACAUCACAUCCACUUCAGGAGUUCCAGCCUAAAUCCAUUGAAGACAAUGCUGAAAUCAAGGCAUGGCUUGCUUUGGGGACAAAAACAAAGAAGAAGAGUGGUGGAAAAAAGAAGAAAGGUAAAAAAGGAGAUGCAGCAGAAGCAGAGCCUAUGGAGGAGGGUUCAAAUGAUGCCAACAAAGAAUAACUGAUUAUUCUUUUGAAUUGCUUCCUUUAGUUUUGUACUUGCUCCUUCACUGCAUCUGAUGCUAUUAUAUUACAUUCAGUUGUGGAAAAUCGAGUACUUUUUCAACCUUCACUGCAUUGAUCGACCCUGCUUGCACACUAGCUGUCACAUGAAAGCACAAAACGAUAAUUACCUAUGAGGUGUCAAUGUUGGUCAACGCUGUUCUGCUUAACUUUUGUGUUAAAUCUACUGCGAUUUUUACCUGGAA